AUGUUUGGGUUCCUCUGUGGUUUCAGUCUGAUUGUUGGGUUUUGUUCCUCUGUGUUCAGUCUGAUCAUGGUUUGGUUACCAUCAGUGUUUCACAAGGUGAACAGUCAAGGGCACAUACCACAGUCACUCCCCAAAAGGAAGGAAAAGAAGGAGAAGAACAAAAAACUGGACAAAGCUCCCACAGCCCAAGAGGAAGUCAUCCAUGUAAGACCCUCUGCAUUUGACCAAGCAGCCUGCUCGUCACAUUUGCAUAUGAGCCACGAUUGA